GCAAUUACUACCGCUUGUCCCCUUCCGUGAAAAAAACCAAGAUGUCUGAUUCAAGUAGUGAAAUAAUCUUUUGACAAUUCAGUGUUUCAAGCAGUACAUGGAUGAAUAAAUAUUCAUCCCCUCACAUAUAAAUAUUUCAUAAAUAUUCGGAGAUUGCGUUAUUUUUAUUUUUAUUUACUUCGCGGUGGGGAAAAAACGAAUGGACAUAAUGCAUGCACAUUUUCGCGCCUACAUGUUGCAUACCAACUUGUUGCACUCAACUGUCAGCAAUGAUAAUUUUUCCAAUCAGAUGUCAACGCCCAUAGCCGUUGGUGAAUCGUCCCAGACUUAGCGAAUACAAUUAAUCAAAAUAAUUAUAAAUAAACAUCAAUUGUUUGCAUUAUUCCUUUCAAUUGAAUACUGACUCCGAUGAAUUUCUGUAGUGAAGUGGUAAAACGAGAUUUUAAUUAUCUAAUGAGGAUUAGACGAGUGCCCUUUGCUUUGAUAGUCUCUCCUGGCUUAUAAUGCAUAAUCAAUUUUUAUAUCGCGAACACGAGAGGUACAUUGGUCUCAAGGGUCGCGUAUCGAAAAGGGCAAUCUCACAAAUGAGUUUAAUCGAAGGUAAAGAGAAGUGCGGAUCAACGAGAGGUUGUAAGAGGUUGUAGAUCUGUCCCACUCAGGUUAAAUCUGUAACUUUGCAAUUGAAUAUGUUAAUAAAUAUUUAUUCCGAAUACGUGCCGUUUCGUCCGCAUAGUUAGUUGCUCCGGGGUCCCUCGUCAAAACUCGUUUUAGGAAAAUAAAAAAAUAUUGUACGUAAGGAACUAGCCGAUGGGACAUGAUUCCUCAAACAUUGUUUCAACUACCUGAAUGGAAGGAGGAAUAAAAGAAUAAUUUUAUGAGUCAGUUGAGACUACGUAGUGACAGUGAAUUAAGAGGAAAAAGCGUUGCAGUUUCGUGUGUGCUAUGUGCUAUUGGAGUGUUAUUUUAUUGAGUUCAAUUAAAUUUAAUAAAUGAAAUCAUUACCACUGGGAGAGAAGAGAUUUUAUUGAAAUUCAUUAUUACAGCAUGUGGUGUUUAUUUGAGAAUAUUUUUUUAGUGACUCCUCCAGUGGUCUUUGCCAGUGAAUUCAGUCUCUUUUAAUAGACACUUUUAGUAUUAACCAGUGCGAGUAGCGCAAGAUGCACGACUCUCACCCUAAUAAAACGCGGUGAGAGAAAAUUGGGAAAAUUGAGAGUCUGAGGGGAUUGACUAGUUGGAAUUAAAUAGUUUACGAAUUGCUCGAUGGAUCUGGCCGAGUGUUGGCGUCUGUAAUGGUGACGUUUGUGGUAAUGCAAUAUAUCGGUUGAAGGGAGACGAGGGCUGCUCGCUGGUAUAUCUGUUGGAGCUUGAGAUUGAGUUACAAUUAAAUUAAGAAUCAUGUACGGAUUGAUCCUGGAAAAUUUGGCGGAGUAUAUUAGACAGGUGUAUGGAGAAGAAAAAUGGGAAGAGAUACGAAGGCAGGCUGCCGUCGAUCAGCCGAGCUUCAGUGUUCAUCAAGUCUACCCUGAAAAUUUAAUCCCAAGACUUGCGAAAAAGGCGAUACAAGUCCUGGGAAUAUCGGAGAAGGAUUUUUUCGAUCAAAUGGGUGUACAUUUCGUGGGAUUCGUGGGACAAUACGGAUAUGAUCGUGUGUUAUCCGUACUUGGUCGACACGUUCGUGAUUUUCUGAAUGGUCUUGACAACCUCCACGAAUAUCUCAAGUUUUCAUACCCCAGAAUGCGAGCACCCUCCUUCAUUUGUGAAAACGAAACACGUCAAGGUCUAACUCUGCACUAUCGGAGCAAACGUCGAGGCUUCGUCUACUACACAAUGGGACAAAUUCGCGAAGUCGCCAGAUAUUUUUACCACAAGGAAUUGCAAAUCGAACUUGUCAGGGAAGAAGUGCUGUUCGAUACUGUUCACGUUACCUUUCAAUUGACAUUCGAUAAUCGAGCAUUUACAUUUGCAUCGCUCGCCAUGACUCGAGAGGAAAAACAUUUGCCGAUUGGCGCAUCAGUUUUAUUCGAAAUAUUUCCCUUUUGCAUUGUCUUUGGGUCCGACAUGGUGGUGAGAAGCAUUGGAAAUUCUUUGAUGGUGAUUCUCCCUGAAUUGAUUGGUAAAAAAAUAACCCACUGGUUCGAUCUCGUUCGACCCCUGAUCGCCUUCAAAUUUCAAUCGAUACUGAAUAGAACCAAUAACAUAUUCGAACUAGUAUCGGUGGAGCCGAUAUUAACGGAGCGUCCGUCAGACCGCAAGAAGAACGCUAUAAUGCUCAGUGAUGACAGCCUCAAUGCCCCUGAUGACAAGACACUGCGGCUGAAGGGCCAAAUGAUUUAUAUGGACAACUGGAGAAUGAUGAUGUACCUUGGCACGCCGGUGAUGCCCGAUUUGAACGCAUUGAUUGCUACCGGGCUCUAUAUCAAUGACCUGUCAAUGCACGAUUUCAGCAGAGACUUGAUGUUGGCUGGAACACAACAAUCGGUGGAGUUGAAACUGGCCCUCGAUCAGGAGCAGCUCAAGAGCAAAAAAUUGGAGGAGUCUAUGCGCAAAUUGGACGAGGAGAUGAAACGAACUGAUGAGUUGCUGUACCAGAUGAUACCAAAACAAGUGGCCGAUCGUCUGCGCAACGGUGAAAGUCCGAUUGAUACUUGCGAGAUGUUCGAUGCGGUGUCAAUUUUAUUUUCUGAUGUUGUCACUUUUACUGAGAUAUGCAGCCGUUUAACACCAAUGGAGGUUGUCUCCAUGCUCAAUGCCAUGUAUUCUUUAUUCGAUACGCUGACCGAGAGGAAUCGAGUGUACAAGGUUGAAACGAUUGGAGACGCAUACAUGGUGGUCUCUGGAGCACCAUCUAAGGAGACUGACCACGCUGAUCGAGUAUGUGAUAUGGCACUCGAUAUGGUAGAAGCCAUUAAAGAUCUCAAAGAUCGUUCAACAGGUGAACAUUUGCAAAUUCGCGUGGGUAUUCACAGUGGAGCUGUUGUAGCCGGAAUAGUCGGCUUAAAAAUGCCUCGCUAUUGUCUUUUCGGUGAUUCCGUUAAUGUCGCAUCAAGAAUGGAAGCAACAAGUGAAGCUAUGCAGAUACACAUAUCGCAAUCAACGAAAGAAUUACUGUCCCCGUCCUACAAAGUUAAAGAACGCGGUGAAAUUCAAGUAAAGGGGAAAGGAUCGAUGAAAACAUAUUGGCUUGAGACGCGAAUAUCGCGAAUAAGCAUUGGUAAGAGUCUCAUAAAUCAGAGACCUCCGGAGUGGAUGAACACAGCUGAAAAAAUAAUGUCACCAGGCAGCAAUGUGUCCCAUACCAAUAGCGUAACAUCUAAUUCGUCAAAUAAAGUGUUCGAUCGAAUUCCGUACAUGGAAUCCUCGGCAAAAAUUUCAGCUUCAAAAUUAUCGUCACCCGUGAGCCCCUUGAGCUCAACAGCACUGGCUUCUGAUGAGAGAAGAAUUUAUUCGCCGAUAACUUUUCAAGAUGUUGCACGACGAUCUGUUGCGAAUUCUCCAACGAAACACCCAGACACACGAGAAAUGCGAUCGAAUUCCGUCGGUGCAGUCUCCUCGAUCGCCGGGAGCCCCAAAAAUGUCUUCGGCUGUCUCCUGAAUGACACCCAGGAACACUUUCGUCAGCACCGCGACAAGAUGCUGUCCCAAAAUCAAGAGUCACCCGCCGUUCACAGCCGACUCGAACCCAAGCAGAAUCUGAAGAGCACAUCAUCAGAAGUAUCAAUCGACAGUGCAUGCUCCAACAACAAUGAACAUCAUCGUGUGGAUGCAGUUUCGAUGAAAUCAUUAGGUGAUAGCGAAUUAUCUCGGAAUCUGCAGCUCCUUGUACAGCCAGAUCAAUGUUGCCCUGGUUUUCCACUACCAAAACCAGGAAAGGUCAGAAAUCAGAGCAACGCUUGUAGCAUUUGUUGAUUAUUUAUAAAAUA